AUGGAGACAAUCCAGGAGUUGGAGUGGUCUCUGCCCAACCCCUCCCCAACCCCGGCAGUUCUGCAGGACAUUACCUUCCAGCUGUGGGGCUCCCAGGUCCUGGGAGGGGCCUGCCUGGAGCUGCCACACUCCCCAGGGACAGGCACCAGAGCUGAGCCCGGGGGUGCGGCGCAGUCUACCCCCCAGUGCUGGUACCCGGCUGAGACCCAGGCGUGCAUCCGCGCCCCGGGAGAGCCCGGCCGCCCCGCCCCGGCGCCCCCCACCCGAGCAUCCGCGCCCCGGGAGAGCCCGGCCGCCCCGCCCCGGCGCCCCCCACCCGAGCAUCCGCGCCCCGGGAGAGCCCGGCCGCCCCGCCCCGGCGCCCCCCACCCGAGCAUCCGCGCCCCGGGAGAGCCCGGCCGCCCCGCCCCGGCGCCCCCCACCCGAGCAUCCGCGCCCCGGGAGAGCCCGGCCGCCCCGCCCCGGCGCCCCCCACCCGAGCAUCCGCGCCCCGGGAGAGCCCGGCCGCCCCGCCCCGGCGCCGCGCCCGCAUCCGAGCAUCCGCACCGCUCGCGGCCGCCCCAUUGGCCGGCGCCCGCUCUGCAGGGCCGCCCCGGAGCCAAUCGCGGCCGGGGGCGGAGCUGCGGGCUCGGCAGGACUCUCCGAGCAGCUGCGACCCCACGCGCCUCCCGGCCCAGCUGCCCCGCCGUCCGCGUGCCCUGA